AUGUCGAGCAGCUCGCAUUCCCGCACGUCGACCACAGCCACCAACUCUCAAUCUUCGAGCAGGGAAGCGCAGCACAAGGUGUAUCUGCUCAACUGCAAGCACUGCGGCAACUUUCUCAGCGAUCGCGGAAUGAAGGCGGUGCUUCUGCUCAAGCCCAACAUCACGCUCUACAGCACCGACAUUGUGCCCUCGACCUGCGGUCCUUUCUUUGCCGGCUCUCACUUCCACGGUGGAGUCGACUCGAACGAGCCGCCUGUGGAGCGAACGUGCGAGUGCCUGACGCAGAGCAUCGGCUGCUACGGCUGCGGUGCUCAGGUGGGCUACAACAUCAUUUCGCCAUGUGCACGCUGCACGAGUAGCGUCAUGAAACACUCGAGGAGCUCUAACGGCCACCGCACGGUGCUUCACUGCUCCGAGAUUGCGGUCCGAGAGCGCCGUUACAUCCCCGGUGAGCCAGGGGUCCGCGCACAGCCGGUGCCCCCUGUUCACCUCACGGCAAGCCCUGCGCAGGCUCACGCUGAUGCGCUGCUCGACGUGCCGCUCAGCCAAUCGUUGCAGACGAACCUGUUUCGACACAGCAACGAGUCGCGCCGAGAUGUCUACCGGAUGCAGACUGGUUACGAGGAAGACGAUCUCGAGGCCGAAAAGGCCGAGAUGAACGCUGCUCUUCACUACCACUCUUCGCAACAGUAUGUCCACCGUGAUGGUCGGCUGUCGAGCUACCCUCCUGCGCACGACAUGACUGGUGCUUCGAGCAGGGCCUCUUCGUCGCCAGCCUCGUCCUCCACUGCUUCGAAAGGAGGUCGUGUGCUUCGAAGGGGCGACACUCUCUAUUGGGCUGACUUGAUCGCCGGCGGCGAGCGAGCUCAACCGUUUGAUCCCGAUCCGAUCCUCGAGAGGCCCAUCGUCGGCAGGUAA